UUUAUAACGUGAAGGAAACCAAAUGGCUAACGUGGUUGAUAUGUUCUGCCCCUCGUCCAUUUCACGCCAGGUCAUAUGUGUUUUACUGCUCUUUUCCUUGGCUCACACUCAAAACGUUGUCGUUUUCCAGCCAUCCUUUCUCACUGCAAAUGGACCAGUGGUGUCUGCACUUCUACUCGGAAACACGUCGGAUAUCUCUCUGAGACUGAGGACGGUAUCUCCAUCCAACACAACAGGAAGCAUUGGUCCUCCAUCAUGUGUGGCCGAGGAAACACAGUGGCUGCUCACAAGGGAGCAGGUGGGAAAGACUGCAGUUCGUGUUCUGCUGAGACUGGAUAGAAGUCUGCGCUUGUGUGAUGAGAAUGAGACAGACAUAGACUGCUGUCCUAAGCCACUUUGUGUCCUGGAGACCCUUCAGGUGUCUGCCUGUGUGGGCGGCACACCUCAGGCAUCGCUGCUGAUCCAGGCCAAGAUACACGCCCUGCUGGUUCCUGCUAAUGCUGGAUCUGAUAAUAAAACAGUUAUUCCAAACCAAGUGUACCAACCACUAGGCCCUUGUCCCUGUGAUCUCACAUUCAGAGUAUGUGAUGUACGCUGUUGCUGUGACAAGGACUGCUCCAUUGAAGAUUUGAAGCUGUUUGAAUCCCACUGUCUCCCAGGGCCCUUUGGUGGACAGGUCUCUCCUGCUCCAGAUUAUCAGUGCUCUGUGCAGUCCUCUGAAAACUCCCCAGACUGGUUUCCAUUUUUAUGUGUCAGUUCUUCACCUGAAAACAACCCCUACCUUGGACUCUUUUACCAUGGGGACACAAUCACGCCUAAGCCUGGUCCAAACUUCCAAAGUCCUAUGUUGUCAGCUCCAGUGCCAGAAAAUCUUUAUAUUGAAGGAAGUCCCAUUUUAACAUUAAAUAACCAGUACUUCACUAUUCCCCAGAAGGUGCUCGGGCAUUGUGUAAACAGUGCUCCUGUAGCAUUUUUGAAAAAUUUCAAAGUCAAAUGUGUGACUCUGCUACGCACCUGUCCAACUGGAUCUCCCUUACAGACACUACCAAUGGAUUUGAGGAAUAAAGUGAAGACUGGGCAAGGGGGUGAUGUUAUAGUGGAUGUGAGUGAUGAAGUGGCCACUGACUUGAGUCAGUUUAUUUCAAGCACAGAUGCUGUUGCCUCUUCAGAUGAGAGGCUCGUAUGUGAGAAUGUGACCUUAGCAAUGGAUUAUAAAUUCUACUGGAAGGGAAAUGGCAUCACAAGGAUCACACUGACACGCACUGUUGGGACCAUCACUUUGAAUGGUGGUGUGAUGUUAACUACAAGGUAUUCUGCUGUAUAUCUAAAUGGAGAAAUCACAGAUGAGCCCAACUCAGGGAACCCAGGUUACCAAGUGGGAAGGCCUGUCAUUGCUGGGAUCGUAGACACUUUGGACAAUAAUACAGGCUCAAUACAGAGGAUGACAAUCAAUCUUUGGAAACCAGUGAGUGAUGGACUAUGUUCCACUAAUGAGAGGAAACCAAUUCUGUUUGGGGAGAAUGCAACAUCAGGAUGUCUGCUACCUAUCAGCCGACAGAAUCUGACUCAGUGUAAUCUCCUGAGAGAAACUGUUACUUCUCUCCAGGCAGCUUUAACUACAGCCACAUACGUGUCAAAGAGUGGAAACCCAGAUCCUCUAACUGUGACAGACUGGGUGAACAUAAACUAUGUGACACUGAACUCAAGCACAACUAUGGAAGACACCACAAGUUCAUGCUAUGGGAUUUCAUCCCACCAACAUAUCCAUGUAUGGAGUCUUAUCACCAGCAUGGUAGAGGGCAUACCUCAAAGGGAAAUCCGUGCUCUGCAAAUCAGCUACAGCCUCUCCACCUGGGCUAUGGAUUGUGGAGGAGGUGAUGUCUCUCCAUGCGUGGACCCAAUGGAAACUCAGUUGUUCCCCAUCACCUCCUCAGUCACCUUUACUGACAUUCCUAUCAACACAGGACCACCAAAAACCAGGUUUCAGAUUAACUUCACAGAGUAUGACUGUAGCAGGAAUGAUGUGUGUUGGCCUGAGCUAGCCUUUCCCAUCACCAAGUAUUAUACAGGUGAGCCAUAUUCCCAGUCACUGGCCAAGGGCCUUAUCUUGGUUUUCUUCUUUAUCACUGCAUCGAUUCUUGGGACUCCAUGGAGACAAAUCCGACAGGCGUGGAACAGUGCCAAUCUAUAAAGCGCUGAGAAAAAUGUAGAUGAAGACAUGCAUUUGGAGGGAUGCUGGGAGAGUGGUAGACUAAAUAAGAUUAUGUAUUUUAAUGUCACUGAAAUGUAUUUUGAUAAUAUAGUUUUUACAUUUUUUUGGGAAUGUAAAUAGUUGUC